UGGGUCGGGCUGACGUGUCGCAGUUCCACGCUCACAUUCACACCUGGUUUUCAUUCCGGCAGCAGCUCUUCCAUUCCAAUGGCCGACCCUCGACCCCCCAACCACUAUGGACUGUCCUGACCUGCAGCUUGGCAUUAUGGGAAUCGAUCGACAAGUUGUUUCUUCAGCGUCUUUCUGGGAUUAAAACGUGCCGAUUCUCUCAAAGGAAACUUUCCAUUUUGGACUCGAUUGUUGAUUUGUUGGUGGCGUUGCGUUGCUGAGUCGUCAGGAUGCCGUUCAUGCCGGUGAAGUUCAACCUGCAGAAGCGGGUGAAACUGGCCCAGGGCCUCUGGAUGCUCUACUGGGUGUCCGUCAUCGUGGGCAUCCUCAUCUUCAGCCUCGGCAUCUUCUUCAAAGUGGAGCUCCGGAAAAGGAGCGAGAUGAUGGACAACAAUGAGAGCCACUUAGUGCCCAACCUGCUGAUCCUGGUGGGCCUGGUGGCCUGUGGGGUCAACGCCUUCGGAGGGAAGGUGUGCCACGACUCCCUGGAUCCCAUGAAGUUCGCCCGUUGGAAGCCCAUGCUGAAGACGUACCUGCUGGUUUGCUGCGGCUUCAACGUCGCCCUGCUGUUGGUCGCCAUGCUCUGCUUCCUCAUGCAGUUCGCCGUCUACCUGGCAUUGGCCGACGGCCUGAAGAACAGCAUCAAGUUCUACAAGGACACGGACACGCCGGGACGCUGCUUCAUGAAGAGGACGCUGGACAUGACGCAGAUCGAGUUCCGCUGCUGUGGCAACAACCACUACAGGGACUGGUUCGAGGUCCAGUGGAUCAGCAACCGGUACCUGGACAUGAGCAACGACGAGGUCAAAGAUCGUCUCCUCAGUAACGUGGAGGGGAAGUUCCUGAUGGACAGCGUCCCCUUCAGCUGCUGUAACCCCGGCUCGCCCCGCCCCUGCAUCCAACAUCACCUGACCAAUAACUCCGCCCACUACGACUACGACCACCGCACCGAGGAGCUCAACAUCUGGACCCGGGGCUGUCGGGAGGCGCUGUUCUCCUACUUCAGCAGCAUGAUGAACAGCAUCGGAGCGCUCGUCAUCUUCACCAUCCUGCUGGAGUCGGCCGACAUGGCGGGGCUGAAGUACCUGACCACGUCCCUGGAGACGAUGGCCGACCCUGAAAACCCAGAGUGCGAAAGCGAAGGGUGGCUCCUGGAAAAAGGCGUCAAGGAGACAUUUGCCGAAUUCAUGGCCAAGCUGAAGACACUCGGGAAGACUAAUCAGGUGGAGGAGGGUGGGGAGGCUCAGGCCACCUGAUAGGCCACGCCCAUCGGAGGGGCCACACCCACCAAAGGACUGAGGCCACACCCCCUUCCCUAAAAAAUAGGGAGAGAGCGGAGAGGUCUUCUGUUCAUAUGCCAUCAUAUAACACAACAUUAACACACAACACACACAUGUUCAAAGGUGAACAAUCCAUUAAACUUUCUGUUGUAUUUUCCAUCUGUAAAUAUGUUAAACAGAGUUUAUUUUUAAACAGGAAGAUGAAGUAAAUGCUGUAAAUAAAACAACUAUAUAAUAAUCAUAAAAUAAUAAAUUAAUCCCCUCCCCUUUAAAAUUCCUGCCAGAGCUCAAAGAGUCAACGUCGGUCUUCUGCAGAACCCGAUCACUGAUCAGUAUCCACCAGUCUGAGCUGAUGUCCACCCUGUGCUGCAGGGACACAGUUCACCCAUAGAGGGCGCUGUUCCUGCAGCACAGAUCAAACUAAACCUAGACUUGAAAUUAAGAGAUUUUUGCCAAAUGUGUUGAUUAAAAACAAAGCUCAGCUACAGAAUUAAUGCUAUGUUGAUAUUAUCAUAAUGUUAUUUUCAACGAUUAUGUUAUUGUUUUCCCUUGUUUUCAUCUGAAUCCGUCCGAACUCUGGUCCGGGCUCUGGUCCGGGUUCUGGUCGUUACCGUCGCUGUUUGACCUCUGACAUAGCUAGUUGACAUAGAAACACCCGGCCGAACGUCUCCUGCUGUAUGAUCCGACACAAAGAUGGAGAUCAGUGCUGCCCCUGCUGGUCAGGAGUGCAACUGCAUGUGUAAAUGCCUCCUAUAGUCAGACUGCUGCAGUACCACUCCUGACCAGCAGGGGCAGCGCUGAGUGUUUGUAUGUAUUUCUCGUCUCUUUCUCUUUUAUUGGAUUUCUUGAACAUCGUCUUUUUAACUUUUUAUGUACAGUGCACAUCAUGUACCUUGGUUUAAGUCCAUACUUUGUGUUUUUUAAUGUUUGGUGAUAAACUGGUAGGAGCUUCAGUUUCCUCCUUUAGAGGAGUAAUGGUGACGGCUGCUGUGGAGCUAAUGCUAGCUAAUGUUAAUGCUAACAUCUGUAAUAGGAGCAGGUAGAGGUUGUUGUAGCUGACUGAGCCUGUCAGACGGAGUUCAGGGUGAAAACCUUCCGGUUCUGUCCGAACAAUUGGAACGUGUUGUUCUGUGAAGUCGUAGCCAAAGCAACUCGCACUGAAUGAAACCAGUGAAACCAGCAGAGUGUGGACCAGUUGUACAGUGACGUAGUCUUUAACAUGUACCCAGGAAAUCAGGUUUCAGUUCCAGGUUGUAAUAUUUGUAUUUUCUGUACUUUUCUUUGUAACAUGGACAGUUGUGAUGUUUGACAGUUGUUGUGGGUCGGUGGGAGCUUGUAGUCGCUCCACUAUGUACGAUAAAAUCUAUAAAGGCUGUGACACCAAA